UGGUCCGUAUUGUUUCCCCAGGUAAAUACCACCCAAAGGGAGAGGUUGGGCGGACAAAACACUGGAGCGUUUCACAGUGACUGUGCAGAAAUUAAGACGUUAUAUCAGCUCAGCUUAGUCUUUCUUUAAGAAGUACUGAAAGUUGGCAAGAUGUUCAGGAAGGCGUUCGAGCGAGGUGUCUCAGCAAUCGCCAGAAACACGCCCGGGAGAGGGGAGCCGAGGCGCCGGGCGCACGACGCGGCUGUCUCGGGCGGGGGUGUGUCCGGGUCCCGAGGACAGGCCGCCGCCACCCCCCUGGCCGGGGAGCAGGCUUCACGGGGUCAGCACAGCGCGGCCGUGACCGAACCACAACCCGAGACCAAGAUGUUCAGGGGACACGAGACGACAUUUCCCUGUAUGAUGAAAAAGUCGCUGCAGGGCCCAGAUCCGACCUACCAGAAGGUGGUGUCUGGUUUCAAACUGUUCCAGUCCGACGAGCCGUUCCACUGCGAGCUGAACGGGGGGGUUCUGCCGGAGUUAGAUGUGGCGUAUGAAACGUGGGGUCGGCUGAACGAGGCCCGGAGCAAUGCAGUGAUCAUCCACACGGGCCUGUCCGCAAACUCACAUGCUAGAAGCCAUGAAGAAAACCCAGCGCCCGGUUGGUGGGAGAAGUUCAUCGGCCCCGGCUGUGCAAUCGACACAAACCACUUCUUUGUCAUCUGUGCAAACAACAUCGGAGGCUGCUACGGUUCCUCAGGACCAUCAUCUAAGAAUCCCCUCACAGACCAGCCCUACGCCACGACGUUCCCCAUUAUAACUGUGGCAGACAUGGUCAACUCACAGUUCAUGUUACUGGACCAUCUGGGCAUUCAGAAGCUCCACGCAUCUGUUGGCCCAUCUCUCGGAGGAAUGAUAUCGUUAAUGGCAGGAGCCCUGUAUCCCGACAGAGUCGGCAGGGUGGUUUCCAUCUCUGCCUGUGCCCAGUCCCACCCAGCCUCCAUCGCGAUGCGGUACCUCCAGCGGCGCUGCAUCAUGCAGGACCCACACUGGAACAACGGGUACUACUACGAUGGGAAAUACCCUGGACAGGGCAUGAAGAUGGCCAGGGAGAUCGCGACCACGACGUAUCGCAGCGGUCCGGAGUGGGAGAUCAGGUUCAGUAGGAAGAAGAUUAGCGGGAACAUCAGCCUGUGUCCGACGUUUGAGAUCGAGAGCUACAUCGACUACCAGGGGGCACAGUUCAUGUCCAAGUACGACCCAAACUCGCUGCUAUACAUCUCAAAGGCAAUGGACCUGUUUGACAUCAGUGAUGGCUACAGCAGUAUGGUGGAGGGGCUACAGAGAGUUCGCUGCCCCAUCAUGGUCAUGGGAGUACAGAGCGACAUCCUGUUCCCUGUCUGGCAGCAGAGAGAACUGGCCAAGCUGUUACACCAAGCAGGCAAUGAAGCAGUGACGUACUUUGAGCUGAACUCCAUAUUUGGGCAUGACACGUUCCUGUUGGACCUGAACGGUGUGGGAACUGCCAUUAAGGGAUUCUUGGAGACUGCAGUGAAGGAAAACGGCAAUGGUGGGAAGAAACAGAAUAAGACACACCACUUCCUCUGAGGAUGUAGCCUUCAAUCGCUGGAUACAAACUACUACUAACUACAAAGUUAUUACUACUAACAUUGCAAGCAAUAUGUCUGUUUCUGAAUAACUCAGGUGGGGGGAAACCUAGGAUUAUAUAGUUUGGGUGCUUAUAUCAUUGCUUCCCUAAUAAUUAGUCAUUACUUUAAAAUUCCUGGUGUUACUCAUGGAAACACUACAUUUCAAUUUGUUAGAGCCAAUGUACAGAUAAGUGGCUUUAGGAGAACCAUGAUGAAAUGUUAAAGAUUCUCUAUUCUUGUAUAUACAUGGACUAUCUGCAACAGAUGGAUGGCACAAAUUGCUAUGCAAAUGAUACAAAUGUAAAAUAGAGUAUGUACAUUCCUUGAAGUUGUUUAAGUUUGCAAAUCAACAAUUCCAGAGGAAAAGCUGGUCAUAUUUUCAAUGAUCAUAAUGUAUAUAAAAUAUGGCUGGAACAGAAUUUCUUGUUACCACUUAUUUGAAACAAAGUGUGAGAAAAGAGGUAUGAAGGAUUCAAAUGCUGUGUUGAGAGCAAACCCUUUUGGUACCAUAAGUUUACGCAGAAGAUCAGUGCAAUGUCCUGAGGGGUAGAGCUUCUGCCUUGUAUUCAGGGAUUGAAACCCCAGCCUGGUCAUACCAGAUUUGAAUAUUGGUAUAACACUGCUUUUUCUGCUUAGCAGCUACAGUCAGGACUUACAAGAAUGAGCAUGGAAGUUGAACACAAACCACUACCAGUUGGACUAGCCUCAUGUUCCCUCUGUAGAACAAUGGCUAUGAAAAAGAAGCUGUCCAGUGGGCAGUUUUAAGAUAUACAGAUGUUGUCAAUGAGAGAACCCUUGCAAGGUUUUCUUCUUAAUAUGUGGAAAAUAGUCCUCUACAGUGCAACCUAACUAAAGCAAACUUUUCUAUACCCACCUGCCAGUACCACUUACCUAUUUAAAAGAUACAAACUUUGUACAAGCAUUUAUGUACUUUUUAUUCACAAUAAUGUGAUAUACAGAUACUCUACUGCCAGUUUUACAAUUACAUACAUUAUACUGUUACAUGCACUGCCACUAUUAAGCUAUUACAUUGUACCAUAUGGCAACAUGAUUUUAUACAUUCUAUGUACAUAUAGACAAGCUUUCAAAUAAACUUGAACCUGGACUUA